UUGGUUUUUCAACAGUGUUCUACAGGUCGCUGUCCGUUCGAACACUUAUUCAGGACCAGUCGAGCUUAAUACUUUUCGUGAAGUCAAAAUGCGUCUUGCACUAUCCGUACUUGUUAUUUCGUUGGCUUAUGUGGCCGCCCAGAAUCAGCCACAGUACGUUGUCUACCGCAAUCCUUACCAGGCUCCUUUCUACGGAGAUAGCGUAGAACCAGAAAUAAUUAGUCCAGAUGAUCCAAGACUUUUACUACCAACCACUACGACUACGGCGACGUCGACUCUCACAGUCACUUGCACAAAGGCGGCCGCAGCUGCUUGCACUGGCCGCAGACGUCGCGGACUUCUGUUUGACGGAGAAGACGAAGAGCAAUUCCCGAUUGUUCCCGCAGCUGUCCAAGGAGUUGAACCCACCCAAGUAUCCAGCCGAGAUGUUCGUGCUGCCGAUCCUCAGGUGUUCGUUUUGUCUUCACCGUCCGCUUAUCAACCCCAAUCCACUUUCCGAAGUGGCUCGUACAACUACCGCCCUGUUGUUGUGCCCUACUACGGCACACACGGCCAACCUGUCGCUGAUGAGCGCCUGUUCUUCACUCAAAUUCAAUCUGCUUUGACGGUGACCAAGACCGUUUCUACCUUUACACUCAUCACUUCGACUUCGACUCCAGCUUGCUCAGCCGUUGGCAAGAUCCCCCAAUGUCCAAAUGCUUAAAUUUAACCAAAGUGUUUCAACACUAAAUAUUUCUAUUUGUUUGACCAGAUGAGCAAUUGAAAACAAGUUACUGUAUUCAUAAUUUAAUACACUCUAAAGCAUCA